AUGGACUCUAUGAGAUCUCUCAACACCUCCUUGCCGAGCUCGACCCCCCGCCCGCAACCUCCGGAGCAACUCCUCCAGCAGUUCAAGGCAGCGGCCUUGUCUGUUACAAACUUAUAUAAGAACGCUGUUUGUGAACAAGCCCAGGCAAGGGCUCUUGGAUAUCAGGAUGCGAUAGAGGAUUUGCUCCACUUCCUUGAUCGUGAGAACCUCGGUCUCGGAGAUGGAGAGGGGUGGACUGUUCGACAGUGGGCCACCGAGAAAUGUGAUGGAACGGGGUCACAAAGCUGCGAUGAAGAUUCAGAGCACGACAAGCGUGACCGCAGUGCUACACCCGCUACUGUCCGCAAAGAAAAUCCUACCCCCGAACCAACGGCUCGUCAGCCCCCCACGUCAGCGCCUCUGGCUGCAUCGAAGCUAGAAUCGACCACUCCUCCCGCACAGCUUCACGAGACACCGUCUUUCACAACACCUGCCGUCUUCACAUUCUCUGCUGGUCCCACAUACCCCCAAUGCCAAGAGCUGGAUAUGGAUGAGCCAUCAGACAAUUCAUCCGCAGCCCUGCAGGAUGGUGCCCCAGUCAGCGUCUCUGUGAUGCCUCGAAACAAUCGCCCCCUCAACCGCCAUAACCACCACGCACGGCCGAAUGCACGCGGAUCGCCGCGAGAGUCCCCUGCUAGCAUUGGGUCUAAGAGAAAAUUCACCGUGCCGGAUUUCUUCGACAUAUCAGGACUGCACAAUGGACGGGAUCUGUCAGGAGGAGGGAAACGAGGCCGCUUUACCUAG